UUGUGUGUGCCAUACAGGGCCAGACAUGUGCCCGUAUCUUCGGGUGUACCCCGUCCGUCUUAGCCGUUGCAACAGCAUCAGCAGAUGGUCGGAUGGCAGUGGCCUCCUCUUUCUGCCAGCUGAUGACAGGCAGUAGUAUGUCGGUUCUCUUACAGCUCAGCAAUCCUUUGCUCGUGCCUCCUGGUCCGUUGCUGUUGUAGCCACGGUAUUGGCUGCAGUAGAAAGAAGUGAUAUUUACUUAUUGCAAAGGCUUUGCCACUCUCUGGCAACGAACAGGUACACCCCUUGUUUUGCCUUCCGACAGAUUAGUGACAUAAAGGUAGAUAUUAGUCAAGUUGCGUGAGCAGCAAUAGUAACCAACUGACCAGCAGCAGUCAGCCAGCCUGCCAGCCAAGAAGCCUUCUUUUACUUUAUCUUCUCUACUUUUAUCUCGUAAAAUAAAAAAGAAUCAGUUUGCCCCCCACUUUUUCGGGUCCGUGUGCAUUUCUUCGGCCUGUUGUCGUUAGCGAAGCAAACGCCCAUGCAACGAAGCUGCAAGAAAGAAAAAAUCGACAAAACGAAUUUACUACUAUAACCACGGAGAUGGACAAGUUAGAAGGGCCACAGUUGUAUCGUAGUUACUCUGACUAGAAGUGAUGUUGCAUCGAACAAAGGAAUAAAGUUCUGGCAGUGUGCAUGCGUAUUUCUCUUAGUUAUUAUUGUGUGACAGGAGUGUUUGAGUAUGUUCGAGAUCGAUUUCACUCUUUGCUGCCUCUGUUAGUUUUCGACGAGACUUUGGCCCUUUGAAGGAAGAUGACACAUACUGAAUACAGCACGUCGUGAUCGAGGCGGGCAGCUUAGACAGUGGGGGCCUUAAUCUUGUCAUUACGAAGCUGACGCGUUCCGUUGUUGCAUUUGGUUAUUUUUGAGGGAACUGAGUUAAUUGCAAUCGUUAUUGAGGCAUGGAAUAGGCGAUGCGGGCCGCAAAUCUACCAGUAUGAUAUCGUCUUGGAUUACAGUGGCGGCGAAAAUCGUCCUUCUACUAAACGCGGUGAUCCAGAAUUAAUAAUAUUAAUAGGGGGGAAGUCUUAUUUUCUCGCUUCCAUCUGCAGUUCUUCUCACCUUCGUUUUUCGCUGUGUGUGUAUGUGCGUGCGCGAAGAUAGUGAUCGGAUUAGAUCAUUGCAACUGAAAUAUGUAUCUGAAAACCGAUGCUGUACCAUUCAGGGUCGACUGGGAAAAUUUUGUUAUGAUCUUAAUUUGUUUAUAAUCAGCAUAUCACUAAAUAGCGUAUUGAUGCAAAACCGAUUCUCGAUGACAACAACCUGUUCUCAUGUUGUCUUGUGUUGAUAAAUUGUUCGCCUUCAUAUCCGACUCAUGUGUGAGGUUGACUGCUGUGCCGAAUGUCCUUUAGUACAGGGUAUAAAGGCGUCGUUGGGUGAACAACUGUGAAACCCCUUACACCAUACUUAAUCGAUUGUAUAGUCACAUAUAUAUCAAGAAAACCUGAAGGAAGUGGCCCGUGUUAAAGUGUUUAAGUGACCAGCCUUCGGAAAUUUCUGUCGAAUAGAAUUUGUGACUUUCGUCCAUUGUCGAACCAACGCCACAGUUAACCAGUUCAGGCAUAACCGAGUUCGAAAGUCUAACCGGACACCUUUUGGAUACACAAGAAAAACCAGGGAGUUUGCAAGAUACAUUCGAUUCAGAAAAAAUCUGUGACCCAACAACGUGUGCACGUUUGCUAUUUUUGCCGUUUUCGUUCGGAUUGUUGUCCUGCGUUUCGGUCCAACAGCAAUCAGGAUAUCGUCCAGCCAACAAGCCAACGUAGUGCGACCGGCUGGGUGUGACUGGUGUAAUGGAAUCUGAGGAAACGCGAGCGGGCCUACUUCAGGCAGUGGAAAUCGCCGUUAAAGAUUUGGAGAAACUGUUCUGCGGUGAGGAGCUCACACCACGAUUAUGGCAGGUUCGCUACCUAUGCCAACAGUUAGAUCAUAUCCUUCUUUAUGGCCUGCGAACGCCUCUCUAUGGUUAUUGGCCUUUCGUGGCGGAGUUCUGUCACGAGGAGACGACUCGUGAGAUCAUAUCAUUGCCACGAGUCAAUUCGAAUCUUGGCUACGGUCGCGCCUGGUUACUCGGGGCUCUUCAAAGCGGCCUGCUCGUCUGUUACUUUCAAUCUUUUGUCUACAAUCGAAAACUUGUCAACAAGUACUAUCUUGACAACGCACUACUCCGCGAUACUCUGCGGCUUAAAGUUACGAUACAUUAUCUUGCACGUCUGAGCAAUUUGAAGUUUGCUUUUGUCACGAACGAUUCCUCACUGGAUCAGGCGAAAUUUCUCUCGUCGAAGAAAGGCCUGGCGGUUGCGGAUAGCGCAGAUGAGAUUCCAGUACAGAACGGCGCUUUCUUGAUUAUUGAUCCCAACACUGGAAUCGAAAAGGUUGCAGACAACAACAAUCUCAUAGGAGAGCAGCAGAAGAGAAGCGCGCGACUGGGACAAGCAGCCCAGCUCGACGACUGGUCGCAUUCGUCUUCGGAAGACUGCGCCGUUCAACGCAACAACUAUUUAUACAAUAUUGGACAAGCUGAUCAGAUCAAUAACCCUGCCGACGCUCCGGAUAUAGGUGGUCACUCGUUGACUGUGCAGGCGGAUGUACACCUCGGGGUCUUAGAUGGAUCGGUAUCAGCUGGACAAAAAGACCAACUCGAUAGUCUGGGCGGACCACAUGGGCUUAUUGGACAGGAUGGUUUAAAUGGACCCGACAGCCUUGAGCAAGCCGUAGAGCUCGACGGGGACAGUGAUAAUGUGCUAGCAGUACUCAACGAACUGGAGAUGUCAAAUGCUGAACGUUAUGAUAUCGCACAGUUGCUAGCCAAAGAGUCGCUACUGAAAUUUGUUGAGGAUCUCUGUAAGGACGAAGAUGGAGACAGCUUUUACAAGGUGUUUUUGUGUUACUACUAUCGGGUAGAGCAACAGCAUUUAUCAGUGAUUUUUCUCGUUCUUACAACACAGAGGUUGCUUUUACUGAAGACUACCGAUGGCUACUCCCUAACCCAGGUGGCGUCGCUGCCAUUGCUACAUAUCCGUCAAUUGCGGCUAGCUAUGGAUCUUCAAGCGAUCGAAAUCGUUUGGACGUCACCCAGAGAGGUUUUUCGAACAGCUGCAUAUUCACCAAUGCGUAAUAUUUCGCGCGUGACCAGAUACCACCCAGCGGAUUGUGAUACCGGUGAGGUCGUCGAAGGCGUCGGAGUGGGCAGUCUUCAACUGGUGAUGCUUUCUGCCGAGCAAUGUUCAUGGGUAGUGGGUCAUAUCGAAUUGAGCUUAAGACGACUCGGCGUUCGACAGCAGGCACUCCCCUUAAUACGGCAUUCUUGUAAACCUGUCACGCUUCUCCUCAAGGAUUGGUCGACCGUUCGACACGUCCUUUGGGCCUCAUGCGAGCGAUUCGCGUCACGUGAUGCUUUCUAUGAACGACAUGCAAGUAUUGGUCCUCACGGCAUGAUUGUGUCACGUCUUUUCUAUCGACUUGUGCCGAAACGGCUUCCUAAACGAGGUAUGGAAAACACGAUCCUGUGGCGGAGUGCUCGAUUCGAAUUGAAAGGAGCGUCGCUCGAACAAUACGACCUGGAGAGCGACAUUACGCCAACAGCUGUCUACAAACUUGCGGAUCCGUCAUGUGGAGGUGUACAGCUCUGUAUGGAAAACCCUCGACCAUUUUCAUUUCGAGUUAUGUGGUCGACGGAACCUUCUCUUGAGCUGGCGGCCGAGAGCGAGUUUGAAUUUUCCGAGUGGCUUCAUACGCUACUGAGAAGUUUCCAACGAUACAAUAAGCAAAGCAGCUCAAAGGGGUCUUCUAAUUUUAACUCAUCUUUACAGCACGGUGCCGGGGGAAUCUCGAUGGGUGCCAGCCUUUGUAGCAUUGUUCUUGAGACAAACCGUUUAAUCGUAUUUCGCGGUUCAGAGGCGCUGGAAGCGACGCGCUUUUCAGACAUAAUUUCAGUGGGGGCAUAUUACAAUUCAUUUCUCGUCGAGUGCCGAGUACCGGGGUCAAACACCAUGGCAUCACAACAAAAACGUGUGUCAAAAAUUGGAAGCAAGAAAAAAGGAGAUGUCACUGACGAUGACGGCCUGUAUUCGUGGAUAAUUAGCUUUUACGGCGAAACUGAGGCUCAGCUGUUUCUUGAACAUCUGAAGCUGUCACACCCGGGCCUCACUUGUCGUGUUGUUUGGGAUUCAAUAACGCAGAGCAUCCUAUGCGAACCCCGGGAGAAGACGUUCAAUCAGCUAUGCUCGUACGCCGCUAAGUUUUGUGAUAUAAUCGCAUAAGCGUACAAUAGAUCUACUGCAUAUGCUGCUGGUCCAGUCCCUAGGUGUGCGCAACAAAGGUCAACGAUUACCCAAACGCGGCUACUAGAACCUUUUCUAGUUCUUGCAAGUCGAUCUGAUCGAGCUCAUACCAAGGAUCUACAUUUCAACUUCAGCUUCGAGCGGAAGCCCCCAAUACCAUUAGGCGGGACAGCAAAACGAGCGUAUUCUAUCGUUACUACAGUCACGUAUUUAAACCUGAAACGUCUACGUGAUUCCUUCUAAAUAUGGAACGUAUAUGUGCGCUGUCCUUGGUGACAAGUAAGAGUUGCCCUCUUUCAAGACUUGGAAACUUGGUCGGGUCAUUCCAGAAGUGGGAAUUAUAUAUGCUAUACUAAACAGACAGACGCUUCUUACUGAUGCGUUCCAUAUUAUAAGAGAGCACGCUUCCAGGAAAAGGAAAAAAUGACAAAAUGUCUUGCGAUCUUGGUGGUCCGGCCGAACCUAUGACUUAAGCUGCUGUUGUUGUGAUAUUUGGUGGCAUUGUGUAUGGUAAAACAUAUUCGUCAAUGCUGAUUGGUGAAGCUGUUUGGUCCAACGUAGUAAUGUGACCGAAACGGCAACGUAUUUUGUAGAGGAAAUGUAUUGGAAGCUGUGGAAAGUAAGAGUUAAAAGCAUUUCCGAUUAUUUACUUGUUCACUUUUAGUGCAGUUUCGAUAUUUAAUAUUGUAUAAAUGUAAAUUUACAUUAAAAUAAUAUCUGUUCGUCGGAAGAAACACUGAAUAUAUUUAUACCUCGCGUUUGGUGAGCAGGGCUUUGCAUAUUCUGACGGUGCGGAAUGAUGUUGCCUUAGUUCUAACCCAAUGCGUAUGAAAUGCCAAAUGGCUAAUUAGAAAUGUGCUUCUGAUCUUUAAAGUACGCUGGCGUAGCAUACUGUAAUUGUACCAUUAGACUGAAGAGAAAAAGACCUUCCUUCACCAGUCUACCGGCCAUGGAUAGAUAAUUAAAAUGCAUUCCCAGUCUUUCUAUUGAUAUUGCAUCUAGUAUGUGAUGUCUCCUGUAGGAACGAGCAGUGUUGUAUAGGCUUAUAUUGAUUCAAUACAAACUCGUUCGUUUCGAUUCAACUUCGAAAUAGGGGCAAAUUACUGUCUAAAAAGCUUAUAUUGAAAAUCGUGUUGGGCGCAAUUUUACUGAAUAGCUUUAAGCGUAUAAACUUGUAUAACUAAUGAAGUUGUUUUGAUUUCCUGACACAUACUAUAUAGACGCAAUGAUUUACUAUCAAGGUAUUGUAUACAGACAUUUCUAUAUAUAUAAAGACAUUCAGGUGUCUGAGCGUGUGUGUGCGUGUGUGUGUGUUAGUGUAUGAUCACUGUAUUCGACAGUUACGGGCGCGAUCCUUAGUAAAACUCUCCGAGGCAAACGCUUCGUGUCAGUGUAAUAUAGAUUUCCUCUAUUUUUAGAUAAGAAAAAAGGUUUUAGAUGUAUUAGAUUUGAUUUAUGUACGCUACAUCCAACAACACGGGCUGAAAUAUUGGUGGUGACGAUAUUAUAGAAAAUGAAAAAUACACCUUCUUUUUUUGUCAAAAUUCGGUCUACGUAACUCACUAUAGAUCAGCAUGAAGUAGAGCUACCCAUUUCAUGAAGAAUCGAUUAUUUUUUUGUUGAAAUUUAAAUGAGAUUUCACAAAUACGCACAGCUUAAAAUGACGACGCGGUUGAAAUUCAAUGAGAGAAGCUUGGAUCAUCGGGUAACUACGUUCCUCAAAUUAAGGUGCUAUUAGGAAAGUCAAAUGAAAUUGUCGUGACUGACCAAAGACUAAUAAAUAAAAUUCACCAAUUUAGCAGUUAUAUCCUCAAGUAAAUCUAUUCUCGAGAGAAAGUGAACGAAAUCGCUAAAAAGAUAAUGUCAACGGUUCUAAUGACAUCCACUUGCCUGUAGGUCGGUAUAUGUACACACUAGGACAUAUUUGGUAUCUUAUUUAGCAAUCGUAUUGAGGGUGAAAGGUUUCAGCCCUUAAAAAUAUACUGCGAAUAGUUACGCUUUCGAAAACUCUCACAGGGAAUCUGUGCGCUUCGAUCCCAGCAUGUAUCGUUUCCCAUACCAGUAACAUUGUUGUAGCGUUAGGAAUGGCAAGAGUAUCAAUUCUUUGUCAAUAUCAUAUUGUUAUGAGACCCUAUAAGUGAUCAUUUAUUUUUGGUUAAUUUAUUUUUUGCCACGAUUUUAUCAUUCAUGUAAUGCCUCUUCAACGCGUAACUUACAAGUUGGAAGUGCUCUUUUGACUGUAACAAAACUGAUCAUUCAGAAGUGGAUAACUGUUGACUUCCUUCAGCCCGUAUGAUCGUUACCGAAUAUCAUGUUGACUUGUUCGAGUGCGGAAUUGCGUUUAGUACGAGGGCUCACUUCCAACGCGGAAGGAACGUGUUCAGUCUUAAACUGUGUUUAACAUGCAGCUGCACGCUACCCUUGACUAUUAUGGGCGGACAGCUGAACAUGCCUGAGCAUGUCAUCGCGUUUGUUGGCUGACCCUGUGUCCGUUCAGCGAGAUACGUUAUUCUUUUUUCCUGGUCGAAGCUUGAUUCAACUGAACUCUAUUAAAUUUUGUCGUACCUUAGUCAUGAAGUCGACGUCUCUUAGUCUAUCUGAAAGCAACGUCCGUUUAUCGCAGAAGUAGUUACGACUUACUAAAAAAGCAUCGUACUGCGUACAUGUACGCAUCUAUCAUUCAAUGUACCUGAAAACUACACCAACACCUUGCUCCGUGUCGUAGUCACCGCGUACAUUCUAGUACUAUGAAUAGAAUCAGAUAGCAAACGCCUCCGAUUGUGCGUGAGUACGGCAACGAUUACGAGCUGUUACUGACUAGUAACGGCUUGCUCCCAAGACGACGUGUCCACGUACGUAGAAUAUAGUGCGAUAAAGAGAAACAUUUCGUUUGCGUUCAUCAAUACAGUGCUCAGUAGGAAAAUUUAUCGUCUCUGUAUCACUGAUUAUUAAGAUGCUAUGUACAAAUUUGCAGUAUGCGAUCGUGCCAUGGCAGCAGAGCAGUAAACGUACCGAAAGAACUAAACUAACUGAGCUUAGUGGCUUUUUGUAAAAAUAUAUAUAUUAUUGAAAAAGAAGAAGAAGAAGAACAUGUAUGUGGUCAUUCACGAAGUCAAUAGUAUUGAAACAAAUUGAACAGCAAACAAAUCUACUUGUUCUUGUCAUAUGCUACCACUUGUUAGAUAGUUAGUUACAUGAUGUUAUCGCGCUAAUUAGGGAAUAUAAUUUGUGAGAGUGUUUACAUUAAUUAUCUUCUUUUGCAUCACAUAUACGCGGAGUUUAUAUAUAAUUAUGCGAAUAAUUAAUGCACUAUUAUUGUAAUACAUCGUUGGUCGAAUGAUUUCUCUCACUGGAGUUGUGAACCAACUUUGUUAUUUCUUUAGUAGUCGUGACUCGUAGGACAGUCUUAAAUACAGUGAGAGUUGUUGCUCGUAGGAAGAUCAAGGUAGCAGACAAGAGGCAACAAACGUCGGAAUGCCUGUCGAAUUGAUAAAAUAUACAGAAAGCUACCUAUUCGAAUAACAAUGCUGAUUGUUAUUAUUGUUUGUAAUCAAUUUCCUAUAUAUAUAUAUAUAUAUAUAUAUAUAUAUGAAACGACAAUAUGUAUGUUAUAGUCGUGUUUCAUAAUAGGUACAACAAGGAUCCUAACCAAAUGCCAUAUUCUCAUAGUAUCAAAUGACGUCUGAUCUGAGAUCUAUUAGAAUAUGUUAUCAGACGCCAACAGAUAGAUGUGGCGCAAAAAACAAAAAAAAAAAAAUAUAUAUAUAUAUAUAGUAAGCUAAGCCAGCGCAAUCGUCGUAAAGUUGUUCGGGCAACAAGUUCGAGUUAUAGUUCUCUAGAGUGAGCGCAGAAUGGGAUGUACGCCCAAAGUUGAGCGAGCACGUGUUAGAGAUUUGCAAAAAUAACAGGAACCGUGAAAAAAACAAGCAGCUUAUGUAGGCACGUUUGAAACAAGUAUCCGCAUCCCACCCAUUGUAUCACGAACGCUUUACAGUUUAGCCACUCACCUACGAUAUGGAACAAAUGGAGAGCUAUAUUUUUGAGAAAUUAGUUAUCGAGAUUCAUAAAAACAGUAUUAUAUAUAAUCAUGGUUGGUCACAUUGAACGUGGUAAUUAUGAACGUGUGAGCCAUUUGCAAACGAGAAACACAUAGAAUAUAUAGCGCAUGUAGAAACAGGAAAAUGUAUCAAAUAUGAUCGAUAUAAAUAAUGAAACUGCUUCAUUCGACUCACCGUGAGUCGAAUUCAUAACAUUCGAAUAGAGAUUAACUUAAAUAUGAAUGAUAAAUGAAAAUAGUGUGCUUAAUGAGCUCGA